AUGCUCCAGUGCCCUCCGCGCCCUCCACGCCCUCACCGCGCGCCUAGCCCGGCCCCUCCCACUGUCGCGCCCUCCCCCUGCCCGUCGCGCCCUCCCCCUGCCCGUCGCGCCCUCCCCCCUGCCCGUCGCGCCCUCCCCCUGCCCGUCGCGCCCUCCCCCCUGCCCGUCGCGCCCUCCCCCUGCCCGUCGCGUCGCCUCCCCUCCCCUUCCCCUGCCUGUCGCGUCGCCUCCUCUCCCCCUGCCCGUCGCGUCGCCUCCCCUCCUCCUGCCCGUCGCGUUCGCCUCCCCUCCUCCUGCCCGUCGCGUCGCCUCCCCUCCUCCUGCCCGUCGCGUUCGCCUCCCCUUCCCCUGCACGUCGCGUCGCCUCCCUUCCCCCUGCCCAUCGCGUCGCCCCCCCCUCCCAAUCCCGUCGCCCUCCCCUGCCCGCCGCGUCAACCUCCCCUCCCCGCCCCUUUCCUACCGUCGCGCCCUCCUCCCCGCCCCUUCUCACCGCCGCGCCCUCCUCCCCACCCCUUCCUACCGUCACGCACCCUCCUCCCCGCCCUCUCCUACCGUCGUGCGCCCUCUCCCCGAGCCCACCGUGCCCUCGCCCUCACCUAG